AUGGAAAAUGGGCCUGAAUUUGAAGCUAGGAUACGACAAAAUGAGAUCAACAACCCCAAAUUCAACUUUCUGAACCCUAAUGACCCUUACCAUGCAUACUACCGCCACAAGGUCAGCGAGUUCAAGGAGGGGAAGGCGCAGGAGCCCUCGGCCGCAAUCCCCAAGGUCAUGCAGCAGCAGCAGCAAACCACCCAACAGCAGCUGCCUCAGAAGGUCCAAGCCCAGGUGAUCCAAGAGACUAUCGUGCCCAAAGAGCCCCCUCCUGAGUUUGAGUUCAUCGCAGAUCCCCCCUCCAUCUCCGCCUUCGACCUGGAUGUGGUGAAGCUGACGGCUCAGUUUGUGGCGCGGAAUGGACGCCAGUUUCUGACACAGCUAAUGCAAAAAGAGCAGCGCAACUACCAGUUUGACUUUCUUCGCCCGCAGCACAGCCUCUUCAACUACUUCACAAAGCUGGUGGAACAGUAUACCAAGAUCUUAAUUCCACCAAAAGGCUUACUCACAAAGCUCAAGAAAGAAGCUGAAAAUCCCCGAGAAGUUCUGGACCAGGUGUGCUACCGAGUGGAGUGGGCCAAGUUCCAGGAGCGUGAAAGGAAGAAGGAGGAGGAGGAGAAAGAGAAGGAGCGAGUAGCCUAUGCCCAGAUUGACUGGCAUGAUUUUGUGGUAGUGGAAACUGUGGACUUCCAGCCUAAUGAGCAAGGGAACUUUCCCCCUCCUACCACCCCUGAGGAGCUGGGGGCCCGGAUCCUCAUUCAGGAGCGCUACGAGAAGUUUGGGGAGAGUGAGGAGGUCGAGAUGGAGGUCGAGUCCGAUGAGGAGGAUGAGAAACAGGAGAAGACAGAGGAGCCUCCAUCCCAGCUUGACCAGGACACUCAAGUGCAGGACAUGGAUGAGGGUUCAGACGAUGAAGAAGAAGGGCAAAAAGUGCCCCCACCCCCAGAGACACCCAUGCCUCCACCUCUUCCCCCAACUCCAGACCAAGUUAUUGUUCGCAAGGAUUAUGACCCCAAAGCUUCCAAGCCGCUGCCUCCAGCCCCUGCUCCAGAUGAGUAUCUCGUGUCCCCGAUUACUGGGGAGAAAAUCCCUGCCAGCAAAAUGCAGGAACACAUGCGGAUUGGGUUGCUGGACCCCCGCUGGCUAGAGCAGCGGGAUCGCUCCAUCCGAGAGAAGCAGAGCGACGAUGAGGUGUAUGCGCCAGGCCUGGACAUUGAGAGCAGCUUGAAACAGUUGGCUGAGCGGCGUACUGAUAUCUUUGGUGUGGAAGAAACAGCCAUUGGUAAGAAAAUUGGUGAAGAGGAGAUCCAGAAGCCAGAGGAAAAGGUGACUUGGGAUGGCCACUCAGGCAGCAUGGCCCGAACCCAGCAGGCUGCCCAGGCCAACAUCACCCUCCAGGAGCAAAUUGAAGCCAUCCACAAAGCCAAGGGCCUGGUUCCAGAAGAUGACACCAAAGAGAAGAUUGGCCCCAGCAAGCCCAAUGAAAUUCCCCAGCAGCCACCACCUCCAUCCUCAGCCACCAACAUCCCCAGCUCAGCCCCACCCAUCACCUCUGUGCCCCGGCCGCCUGCGAUGCCACCUCCUGUCCGCACCACAGUGGUAUCCGCAGUGCCUGUCAUGCCCAGGCCCCCAAUGGCAUCUGUGGUGCGCUUGCCCCCAGGCUCAGUGAUCGCCCCCAUGCCACCCAUCAUCCACGCACCCAGGAUCAACGUGGUGCCCAUGCCUCCCUCGGCUCCUCCUAUCAUGGCGCCCCGUCCACCCCCCAUGAUUGUACCAACAGCCUUUGUGCCUGCUCCACCUGUGGCACCUGUCCCAGCUCCGGCCCCAAUGCCCCCUGUCCACCCUCCACCUCCCAUGGAGGAUGAGCCUACCUCUAAGAAGCUGAAGACGGAAGACAGCCUCAUGCCUGAGGAGGAGUUUCUGCGCAGAAAUAAGGGUCCAGUGUCCAUCAAAGUCCAGGUGCCCAACAUGCAGGAUAAGACGGAAUGGAAGCUGAAUGGCCAGGUGCUGGUCUUCACCCUCCCACUCACAGACCAGGUCUCUGUCAUCAAGGUGAAGAUUCACGAAGCCACAGGAAUGCCUGCAGGGAAACAGAAGCUGCAGUAUGAGGGCAUCUUCAUCAAGGACUCCAAUUCACUGGCGUACUACAACAUGGCUAAUGGCGCCAUUAUCCACCUGGCCCUUAAGGAGAGAGGCGGGAGGAAGAAAUAAGAGAGAGCCCUGCUGACCGGUCUAGCCAUUCCCGUUUACCUCUCCUGUCCCCCACUCUGCCCCUAACCCGCAAGGUCCCUUUGGGACCUUAGGCCCUGCCUGCAUAUCUGUUUCCUCUU